GCAGGAUUCUAAGCAGGGCGGGCAUUGAUGACGUCAGCGCGCCGUUAGCCCGGUGUAAACAUGGCGGAUUCUGGGCCCCCAGGAGCCCAGCAAGGAUCAGAUACAAACACCCCGGUCUGUAGCUUUCUCUUUAAGAAAAGCACGAGGAAGUUCGCCGGACGGAAACGGAGAGAGCAAGAAAGGGGUGAGAACCAGGAAAUUAAUAAUAAUAACAGGAAUAGAGAGAGCAAGGGGGAAGAACCUGGGGGGAGGGGGGGUAAGAAGGGGGAUUCUAAUAACAGGAAUAGAGAGAGCAAGAGGGGUGGGAACCAAGAAAUUAAACAUAAUGGAGGGGGAGAAUGAAUGCAGGGAGGAUGAAAGGGGUUUGUACCGGGGGUUAAGAAGGGGAUUCUAAUAACAGGAAUAGAGAGAGCAAGGGUGGAAGAAAGGGGUGCAAGCUUGUGUCGUAAAAAUGGAUUAAAAAUAAGAGGAAUAGACAGGAGAGAUGUGGGGUAAAAAAUUUUUUUACAAUAAAAGAAACAAAGAGGAAGGAAGGGGUACCCAUGUUGGGUUCAAAGGGGAAUUAAAAAUAACAGGACUAGACAGGAAGUAAGCGGGGUUGGUAAAAAAAUAAUAAAAAUCCAAACCUCAGCAGUAGAGCGAAGGAAAGGGGAAGUAUGUGGGGUAAAUGGUAAUAGAGGAUGAAAGAGGUUGGAGAUGUGGGGGUAAAACGGGUUAACAAUAAUAGGACUAGAGAGGAAGAAAGGGGAACGUGAGAUAAAGAGAUUAACAGUAAGAGGAAAAGAGAGAUCAAGAAUGGCGGGGCGUGUAAGGAUAAAAUAUAGAAGAUAACUAAAAGGAGUAGAGAGGAAGAAAGAUGUAAACUUAUUGGGCUAAAAGGGUGUUGGAAAAAUAAGAACGUGCUGGGUAACAUUUAUAGCGGAGAUGGUUAGCUAUCGCCAGUAGGCCAGAGGGAAACAAUUAUUUCAAACCACUCAGUAGACUAUGGAUAUUCUAUGACCUUAUAGAUUCUGUAGGACAGCUUACCUUCUUGUGCAAAACCGCGAGCGGCGACACAUCUUUACAUUAUUGUUAUGAUAAAAAAUAUGGGCACCAACAUCUCUGCCUUGCGGGUACAGUUAGAGAGUUAUGUUACAGUGAGUAGGUCUGUGAAGACUAGUGCUUGGAAAAUAAUAACAUUUCUAAUAUAGACAUAAAACUAUUUCCCUUCAUUAUUUCUGAAAUCUAGUAGUCAGUAGUAGCAUUGGAUCUGUGCUCUUGUAUCUACAGGAAGCAGUGAGGAGGAUGAAGGAGAAUCUGUAGUCAGAAGAAAAAAGAAGGAAUCCGUCAACCCGAUGGUCCAGAAAGUACGUGACAUGUUUAGUUUUCUCUCUGUUGCUGGACAGAUAGAUUGCAAGCUCCACAGCUUUCUUGGCAUUACAAUUAAUGUGAGGUUCUUUUAUUCAGAAAUGUGCAGAUAAUACAAUCUCUGCUUUCUUUGUCACCUUAUGGUAAAGGGGGUUAAAUCAUAUAGUCCUGUUCUUCUCUAGAGACCUAGUAAACGUGUUACAAUUCUGCUGUUUCUUACUUUGAUAAGCUGCACGGAGUCUGUACUUUGAAACACUCAUCUGCCACUGCUUCCAGUAACCCACCAUACAUUUAUUUCUCUUGGUCUUUCUCAUUCGAUCUCUAACUAUAUGUAUUGUCUUUCUGUUUCUUUACCAGACUAAGUCCAGUUUGAAGGAAGCAGCUGAUUACAGAGCAAGUAGUAGUGAUGAAGAAGAUGUGUCAACAAAAUCCAUCAAUGUGUCCUACAAAUCUAGCAGAUCUGCGGUAAGACAUUUCAGGACACGGGUGCCCAAAAGGUAGAUCCCCAGAUGUUUCAAAAAUACAGCUCCAAUGAUGCUUUGUCAUUCUUAAGGCAGGCAAAGCAUCAUGGGAGUUCUAGUUCUGGAACCUCUAGAGAUCUGCCAUUUGGGCACCCCUGCUUUAUCAUAAGAGUUAACUUUACACACAAUUCUCUGUUUAAGUAAUAUGCAGCUUAUUAUUCUGUUAGAUAUUUAUGUAAUGUAAAAAAAUAAAUACUGUAGAUAUGGGUAGAACAGGUAAUUCUCUCGCUUUUGUGGAACAGAGUGUACAAUGAGCCAGCUGCAUGCAUGAACCACCAUUUCUGGAGAGCUAUUUAUUGGCUAACCCUAGUUCAGCAUAAUAUUUACUAGUAGGGAAUAAUUAUCUACUGUAUCGAAAACAGUGCUUCUGAAAAGAUUGAUUCCUUAAACUGAUGUUUGAUUUGCUCUGUAUUUCAGAAACCAGUGGGGCCAGACGAUAUGGGAGCCACUGCCACUUAUGAACUGGAUACGGAAAAAGACAAGGAUGCCCAGGCCAUAUUUGAGAGGAGCCAGAAAGUACAGGAGGUGGGUGACCUUAUCUCAUCCUUUCGCCACGUGUGAGAUGUCAUAGGACACUGUUCUCUUUAUGUACUUUUCGCUAAAUGUUUUUUUUCCCUUUUUCUCCUGCAGGAGUUGAAAGGAAGAGAAGACGAUAAGAUAUAUCGGGGCAUACACAAUUACCAGAAGUUUAUUAAACCAAAAGAUACGUCUUUGGGAAACGCUUCCUCCGGCAUGGUGAGGUAGAAAAACACUUUCUUUUCCACUAACUGCACCUAUUUUUAAAAUGCAGUAAAAAUGCCACCAUCUCUCACUUAUCUCCCGUUUAUUCAAUAAGGUAUAGGCUUCCUUCUACUGUAGAGAAAACGGAUUUGAGGAUGCAUUGCAGGUUAUCUAUAAAGAAUAAUUCUGAGGCAAAAUUCUAAAUGUGAAGCCAUCACCUAGGAAACCAAUUCAAUAUUUCUGCUCCUUUCUCCACUUUUAGAAUCAGUCCUUAUUCAAAUUUCCCAUAUGAUACUCAUAUUUGCAGUUUUAUAAUGUGAAUAUCCCUCUCCUCUUUUUCCUCAUGUUUUGCAAACAUGAUUUUAUGAGUCUCUAGUGUUUUGAGCUAAAUGUACAUGCCUCUCUGCCUGGCCUUGUGCAUUACAACUCUGCCCCUCUGUUCCCCACAUACCCAACAGCACAUUCGCGGUACUAGCUACCCAUACAUUUUGCUGUGAAAUUUAAAUGACUUAUGACCUAUGCAUUUCUUUUUUUAAAGUAACAAGCAUUUUAAAUCAUAGGAAGGGACCGAUUCGUGCUCCUGAACACCUGAGAGCCACCGUUCGGUGGGAUUACCAGCCUGACAUCUGCAAAGAUUACAAAGAGACCGGAUUUUGUGGAUUUGGAGGCAAGACUGGACUGCAGCCCUUUCCCUAAACACUUUACCUUUACUUUAUUAUAUGCCUGCUUAUUUGUUCAUGCUUCACAUAUAUAUUGUCUCCUCUCUUCCUUCAGAUAGCUGCAAAUUUCUCCAUGACCGCUCAGAUUACAAACAUGGCUGGCAGCUGGAACGGGAACUUGAAGAAGGACGUUACGGAGCGAACGGUAGAUUAUUUACAUUGCACAACUGAUCGAUAAAUAUAUCUGAUUUACUCAAUGAGUGAGAUCUAUGCAUGGGAACAUUCUUUACUAAUAAAACCAAUCUAGAUAUAGUGCAAUACAGUCGGCCUAAUAAGUGGAGUUCAAAUUUAGAUCAAGUAGCUUAUAAAUCUGGGGUAAUAAGACAGGUGGAUCUUCUACUCUGACAGGAGUACAGUCCACAUAAUGCUUGACAGAGCAUUUAAACCUACAAGAAAUUGAUUGUCUGUGUCUGACUGAGCAUUGUUGAGUUUUGGUUGCAUAAUAACUGGAGACCUGAAUAGAAUUCUCAAAUAAUCUAAACAAAUUAUCCUCCCUGAGAAGAUUAGUGUUGAAUAUACCAACACUACCUUGACAUAAAACGAUAUGGGAAAACCAUAAGGAGGAUCAUAGUGUUUCAUCUGUAAAGAUCACCUUACUAAAUAAAGUGUAUGUAUACUCCUCACAUUAUGUAAUUCAUAGCUGUGUCACCCUUAUACAUUUUUGUAGUUGACGAGAUUGUUGUGCCUUAACCCAGAUAUCUGCCAUGACUUCUUUUCCAGAUGAGGAGAAUUAUGAGGUCAGCAGCGGUGACGAAGAUCUGCCUUUUAAAUGCUUCAUCUGCAGAGAAUCCUUUAAACAACCCGUGGUUACCAAGUAGGUUGGCUGUAUCCACUGCACAAAUGCCCCAGUUUACUCUGAAUAUAUUAACCCCUUAAUGACAUGCUCAAAAUAAUGGGAACCGGGAUAUGCUGGACUGUAUUGCGUUAAUUAACGUUGUGUGCUGUAACUGACAUUCCAGACUUUCUACAUGGUCCCUUCUACUGUAGUUGUCCCCUGGUUGGCCAAAAUGUAUACAGUGGAGCCUAUAAACAGUGAAGCAAGACCCAGAGCUCAUUAAAUUGUAAUUGGUAUGACUACUGUCAUGUUGCCACAGGAUUUAGAGACACUAUCAUAAGAAAUUAUAUGUAUUUUCUUUCCUGUUAAACAUGGCUUAACGGAGCAAAUAUGUUACUCAAACUUUCAGUGUGAGCAAUAAAGAUAUUUAGCAAUACAACCAUUUUAAUAAACACAAGAAGAGAACUAAGUAAUCACAAAUAUAGUUUUUGAAAGGUUGUCCACAGAUCACUGGUUCAUUUUAUUUUUUUUAGCCAAAUUUCUGUGUGGGUGCUAGGGUAAGGAUGAGAUAUUAAAUUGAUUUGUGAGAUUCACUUGGAGCAUCACGAAAUGUCGUGCUAAAGUGUGAACUGUCAAAUUCUAAGUGAAUUUUACAUUUUAGGCCAAAAAUAGCAGAUAUGAAGAAAACAAAAAGUCCCGUUUUGGUUCUUUGGGCCUAAAAUUUGAAAUUCACUUUGAAUGACCCUGAAAGAGUCCUAUUCUUGAGUUUAGGGCAAACACUUCUGUAUUAGAAUGUUUUUCACUUUGCCCCGUGAUACCACCUUUUACGGUUUUCCAUUUUCAGAUGUAAGCACUAUUUCUGUGAAAGAUGUGCCCUCCAGCACUACCGGAAAUCCCAGCGUUGCUAUGUGUGUAACACACAGACCAAUGGAGUCUUUAAUCCUGCUAAAGGUGAGUUCAUGAAGAAUUGGCAGACCAAUAAUGGCUAAUGCUGGGACUGCAGGUGUUUCAGAAAUCCUUUUUCCCAUUCUACCCCUGCGAGUCUUUAAGCCAGGUAGUACCAGUACCCCCUCUAUUUACUAUUGGCCUCCUGCCAUCGUUAAGGCACUCUCUGCCUCCAAUGUAACCUUUUGUAACCAUGCAUUAUUUCUCUCCCUCCUACCCCCCUUUCUUACCAUCUAGAUUUAGCUGCCAAACUAGAGAAGCACAAGGCAGAAGAAGAGGCGGAACAUUCCACUGAAGAGACAGAGUAACUCAGCAGAUAUUUCCUGUAUAUAGUGUUUUUGUAAUGAAUUAAAGGUUUCUACAAAAAACAACAAA